UCUCUCUGAGCCUCAGACUCUUGAUCUGUGAAAUGGGAUGUCAUAAUAGCUCCUUCACAGACAAGUGGCAGGUCAGAUGUGAGAAUGCACAGGCAGGCCCUCUGCAACUGGAUAAGCUCCAUACAGAUCUGGAAAGGAGGAGGAGAAAAAGGAGGAGGGGUUUCCAUGGCUGCAUAGGGCAUCCUUCGGCGGGAUGUUUUCUGAGUUCCAAAGCCGGGGAGGAGGCUCAAACCUUCAAGAGCUCCUCCAACUUUGAGAUUCUCUGAUGGAUUCAGGGCUAUGGGAGAAAGCGCUUGUGGUCCGUGUCUGUUCCCAGGACUUCUGCUUCUUGCACAGGCACGUCAGUGGUCCCAUGCAUAAAUGUACAAAGAAACAGGGGCAAGUAGGGAGAGAGAAGGGGCCAGGGUAUAAAAGGGCCCACAAGAGACCAGCUCCAGGAUCCCAAGGCCAAACUCCCCAAACCACUCGGAGUCCUGUGGACAGCUCACCUAGCUGCAAUGGCUGCAGGCUCCUGGACAUCCCUGCUCCUGGCUUUCACCCUGCUCUGCCUGCCCCAGCUUCGAGAGGCCGGUGCCUUCCCAACAAUUCCCUUAUCCAGGCUUUUGGACAAUGCUAUGCUCCGUGCCCAUCGCCUGCACCAGCUGGCCUUUGACACCUACCAGGAGUUCGAAGAAGCCUAUAUCCCGAAGGAACAGAAGUAUUCCUUCCUGCAGAACCCCCAGACCUCCCUCUGCUUCUCAGAGUCUAUCCCGACACCCGCCAGCAAAAAGGAAACUCAGCAGAAAUCCAACCUAGAGCUGCUCCGCAUGUCCCUGCUGCUCAUCCAGUCCUGGUUCGAGCCUGUGCAGUUCCUCAGAAGUGUCUUCGCCAACAGCCUAUUGUAUGGUGUCUCAGACAGCGACGUCUAUGAGUACCUGAAGGACCUAGAGGAAGGCAUCCAAACUCUGAUGGGGGUGAGGGUGACACCAGGGGUCCCCAAUCACUGCUGCUCUCUUUUUAGCAGUCAGGCCCUGACCCAAGAGAACUCAGCUUAUUCUUCAUUUCCACCAGUGAAUCCUCCAGGCCUUUCUCUACACCCUGGAGGGGAGGGAGGAAAAAGAAUGAGUGAGAGAGGGAGGGAACAGUGUCCAAGCGCUUGGCCUCUCCUUCUCUUCCUUCACUUUGCAGAGGCUGGAAGAUGGCAGCCCCCGGACUGGGGAGAUCUUCAUGCAGACCUACAGGAAGUUUGACGUCAACUCGCAGAACAAUGAUGCACUGCUCAAGAACUACGGGCUGCUCUACUGCUUCCGGAAGGACAUGGACAAGGUCGAGACGUUCCUGCGCAUUGUGCAGUGCCGCUCUGUGGAGGGCAGCUGUGGCUUCUAGCUGCCAGGUGGCAUCCCUGAGAUCCCUCCCCAGUGCCUCUCCUGGCCCAGAAGGUGGCACUCCAGUCCCGCCAGCCCUGUCCUAAUAAAACUAAGUUGCAUCAU